CAUCAACUCCCCCAAAAUUUUCCAUCCUCCUUCCCAACAUAUUCCCCCCAGAAGAUCUCCCCUCCUCUCUUCCUCUCUCUCUCCCUCCCCUCCCGUGAUCUCUUCUUCGACGCCGGCGUCUCUCUCCGAAAAAUAACCACGUUGCUUGCUUCACGAAGGGGGAACCUAGACCCCCUCUUUCCUCUCCCUUUUUUCCUACUUUAUUAGAAGCGAAGCAUGUGACGUCUGACCGCCCGAAUCCUCCUCACUCCACUCCACCCCUUAUAUUCCCCACCCCUUUCUCUCCUUCUUCUCCUCUCUUCGGCGGAGGGAGAGAGAGAGAGAGAAAGAGAGAGAGGGGAGAGAGCUCGAAUAGUGCGGGCCAUGGCGGGGUCGUCGUCGUCGAGAGGGAGGAGCAGCUCCCCCUUCGGCUACCGGAAGCCUCUCUCGAGCUCCUACUCCUCGUCGUCCUCCUCGUCCUCGUUCAUGAACGGGCGGCUGAUCCCGAGGUCUUCGCCUUCCUCGGUUUCGUCCCACUUUUGCAGCUCGGUCAAGGGAAUGCCGAGAUCCGUGACGCCUAGCCGCGGCCGCUCCGAUCCCUCCAGGGGCCGCGCUCCGAUCAGCUACCUUCCAGCGGAUGAGCUCGUCGUGGAGCCGGCCGACGGUUCGAGAUCCGGCGAUAGCAUUACGGUGACCGUUAGGUUUAGGCCGUUGAGUGAACGGGAAUUCCAGCGUGGGGAUGAGAUUGCCUGGUAUGCUGAUGGAGAUAAGACAGUUCGCAGCGAGUACAAUCCGGCCACUGCUUAUGCAUUUGAUAGAGUCUUUGGUCCUGCAAUAACUUCUCUGGCGGUCUACGACGUGGCUGCUCGUCCUGUUGUUAAAGCUGCAAUGGAGGGCAUCAAUGGAACCGUUUUUGCCUAUGGUGUCACUAGCAGUGGGAAAACUCACACUAUGCAUGGCGAUCAGAAAUCUCCUGGAAUCAUACCAUUAGCCAUCAAGGAUGUCUUCAGCAUUAUCCAAGAUACUCCAGGAAGAGAAUUUUUACUUCGUGUGUCAUAUCUUGAAAUAUAUAACGAGGUGAUAAAUGACUUGCUUGACCCCACCGGCCAGAAUUUACGUGUCAGAGAAGAUGCUCAGGGAACUUAUGUUGAGGGCAUAAAGGAGGAAGUUGUUUUGUCUCCUGGACAUGCACUCUCUUUUAUUGCUGCUGGUGAAGAGCAUCGUCAUGUUGGUUCUAAUAAUUUUAACUUGUUCAGUAGCCGAAGUCACACAAUAUUUACCCUGAUGAUUGAAAGCAGUGCUCAUGGCGAUGAGUAUGAUGGAGUGAUGUAUUCUCAACUUAAUCUGAUUGACCUAGCAGGGUCUGAGAGUUCGAAGACUGAAACAACCGGACUUCGGAGAAAGGAAGGAUCAUAUAUAAACAAAAGUCUUCUAACCCUUGGAACAGUUAUCGGAAAGCUUAGUGAAGGGAAAGCUACUCAUAUACCUUAUCGUGAUUCUAAGUUGACUCGCCUUCUGCAAUCCUCAUUGAGUGGGCACAGUCUUGUAUCACUCAUUUGCACAGUUACUCCUGCAUCUAGUAACAUGGAAGAAACUCACAAUACAUUGAAGUUUGCGAGCAGGGCAAAGCGAGUUGAGAUUUAUGCAUCUCGAAAUAGGAUUAUUGAUGAAAAGUCAUUGAUUAAAAAGUAUCAAAGGGAAAUAGCAAUCCUAAAGCAAGAGCUUGACCAUUUCAAGAAAGGAAUUCUUACUGGGGUCAAUCAGGAAGAAAUCUUGAACUUGCGACAACAGCUAGAGGAGGGUCAGGUAAAAAUGCAGUCUCGUCUAGAGGAGGAAGAGGAAGCAAAAGCUGCUUUGAUGAGUAGAAUACAGAGGCUGACCAAGCUGAUACUCGUUUCUUCAAAAAACUCAAUUCCUGGCUGUUUGACUGAUUUGCCUGGCCAUCAGCACCGCCAGUCUUUAGGUGAAGAUGAUAAACUGGAAAUUUCGCGCGAGAGUUCUCCCCUGCUUUUAGAAGGUGAGAAUACCCUAAAGGACUCUCUAUCUUCUGCUCCAUCAGAUCCGUUGGACCCUUUAUCUGAUGUUAAACAUCAGAGGUCUUCAAGCAAGUUGAAUGAUGAGCAUUCCUCAGUCAGUAGCUCAGUUACAGAAUCAAAUCAGACUGGAAUGACUGCUUCAGAUGAAAUGGAUCUCUUUGUGGAGCAAGUUAAGAUGCUUGCUGGUGAAAUUGCAUUCAGUACUAGUACACUAAAAAGAUUGGUCGAGCAGUCUGUUAAUGAUCCUGAUGGGUCAAAAAUACAAAUUCAGAACUUGGAGCGUGAGAUCCAAGAGAAACGAAGGCAAAUGAGGGUCUUAGAACAACGCAUUAUUGAGAGUGGUGAGGCCUCAAUGUCCAACGCAUCUUUGGUUGAUAUGCAGCAGACUGUCAUGAAGUUAAUGGCUCAGUGCAAUGAGAAGGGAUUUGAGCUAGAGUUAAAGACAGCGGACAAUCGUAUUCUCCAGGAGCAGCUACAACAGAAGUGUUCUGAGAACAAGGUACUGCAAGAGAAAGUGCUUGUUCUGCAGCAGCAGCUAGCUUCAGCCAAAAUGGACCAGUCACCAGAACAGUGUAUCUCAGAAGGAAUUAGUGACUUAAGGAGCAAACUACAGUCUCAGGAGGCUGAGAAUGAAAAACUAAACAUUGAGCGACAUCAACUUGUUGAGGAGAACCAUCAGUUGCUUGAUCAAAAUCAGAAAUUGGCUGAAGAAGCUUUGUUUGCUAAAGAACUGGCAUCUGCCGCCGCUGUUGAAUUAAAAAAUUUGGCUGAGGAAGUAACAAGGCUCUCCUUAGAAAAUGCAAGACAGGGAAAAGAAUUAUUAGUUGCUCAAGAUCUGGCAUAUUCUAGAGCUGGUGGUGGAGCCACCCGUAAGUUUUCAGAAAGCAGAGCUGAAUGUGCCAAUCUAGCGAGAAGAGGCCGGCCAGCAAGUAGGGGUGGUGAAGUUGGUAGCAUAGUACAUGGCGAUGUUGAGUGUUGCAGUCUUGAUAUGGAUGAUAUGAAGAUGCAGUUGCAAGCCAGGAAACAAAGGGAAGCUUCUCUAGAAGCUGCUUUAGCUGAAAAAGAGCUUCUAGAACAGGAGUACAAGAGGAAAUUUGAUGAGGCAAAGAAAAGAGAAAGGACUUUAGAAAAUGAUUUAGCAGGAAUGUGGGUACUUGUGGCUAAGCUGAAGAAAGAGGCUUCAGGUAUAUCAGAGUUGAAUGUUGAUAAGAGUUUCAGCAAUGGAGUUGACCUCACAUGUGAUAAAAAAGAAGAUAAUAAUGAAUGUAUAGACAAUCUUUUUAAAGAGAGACAGACAUCAGAUGUGUUGGAAAAGCCAAUUAAUGAACAAGUGAAUCAAAGUCCUGAAUUAGAACCUCUUCUUGUUCGUCUGAAGGCUAGAAUUCAAGAGAUGAAGGAGAAAGAAGUUGACCCUAUUGGGAAUGGCGAUGCAAAUUCUCAUGUUUGUAAAGUAUGCUUUGAAUCACCAACUGCUGCGGUACUUCUCCCAUGUCGGCACUUUUGUUUGUGUAAACCUUGCUCUCUUGCCUGUUCUGAGUGUCCUCUUUGUCGCACAAAGAUUGGUGAUAGAAUCAUUACUUUCACAUCCUAAGUAAUGUCCUCCUGAUUAGAGGUGAUGAUGUCUUGCCGUCGAGCUAAAAAGGUAAACUAUCAGCACUCUGUUGUUUCCUCGUCUUCUGUGUAAUCAAUAUUCUUCCAAUUCUUUUAUCAGUUCUUCAGAAGGUACCAUCUAAAUCUUGCCUCUACCUUGUGAGAGCUGUAAUUCUUUCUCAUUUCUGAAGGCAAUAUGCCAUGUGAUAUACUCAGUCCUCAUUUCUCUUGUUUAAAAUGUAAAAGGAGAUUGGUACCCCGCCACAAAUAUGUAUAAAGGUAUGCUACUGAAAUUUGUGGGACAAUCAUUUAGAAUAUAGAAACAAAAGAAAGAGAAUUUCGUGGGGAAUUGCUUGCUCCCCUAGGAUAUCAAUGCCUAAAAGAAGUUUGUCCUUUUUU